GCCUCCCUACACCCUCCCCACCAAAAAAAAAAAAAAAACUCCGCCAAGGAUUAUAUAUGGGAUAAUAUCCCACAUAUACACACGUUUAUGCAACUUGUCUUUUUGAAAGAGAGAAGAGAGCGUGCUAGCAAGUUUUCGGGGUUCUAAUGGGAAAAACUGCUUGCAGCUCCGAGGAGGGACUGAACAAAGGAGCUUGGAGUUCUCAGGAGGACCAAAUUCUCACAGAUUACAUCAAAACCCACGGUGAAGGAAAAUGGAGAAAUAUUCCUAAGCAAGCUGGUCUAAAAAGGUGCGGAAAGAGCUGCAGAUUAAGAUGGUUGAAUUAUCUCAGACCUAAUAUCAAAAGGGGUAAUAUAUCUCUAGAGGAAGAGGAUCUCAUCAUUAGGCUCCAUAAGCUGUUGGGCAACAGAUGGUCUCUUAUAGCAGGGAGACUUCCAGGACGAACAGAUAAUGAAAUCAAGAACUAUUGGAAUACAACUCUAUUAAAGAAAAUACAAGGUAAACAGUCAAAGCUUCGGUCUAAGAAUGAGAAGACGAAGGUCACACCGAAGCCACACGAACUCGACAAUAUUGGCAUAAUUAGUGUUGCGGCUGAUCAUGCAGCCUCUGAAGAAAAAUUAAAUUUGGAAAAUAAGGUGAAAGAUAAUAUUAUUACGAAUACUAGUUGUCAGAAAGAUAAUUCAGGAAAACAGGCAUGGAAUUUUAAAGUAGAGGAGUUUUUGGUGUCUGAUAAAUCAUCGGAUAUAGACUUCUGGAAAUUGUGUCACGAGCUUUCGGAGACUUUCGAUUCGGAGGAAGGUGGUGGUAGUAGUACUAGCAGCAGCAGCUAUGGGGAGUUGAGAAGGAAAUACUGGCCAUCUUCAUGUCAACCUCUUUUGUUUUCUGAGGAAAUAAUGCUCGAGGAAUGGAUAAAGAAAGAUGAUAUUGUUGGUUGCACCCAUCAAAAAUUGACCAAAAUUGAUGAGCUUCUUAAUGAUCGCUUGAAUUGGAACUCAAGCUAAAAUGUAACUGCUAGCUAGCUAGUUUAUGAUGAGCUUGUUAAAAAAAUAAAUAAAUAAAUGCUUUUAAUGGAAGUACGGAAAAAAUGUUUGCUGUAUUUCUAAUAUUUUAUUGGUACUAGGCUCUCCUCCCUUGGAUCCCUUUUGUUUAACCCACUUAUUUUGUUGCCUCAUUA